GCGCGCGAGGCGGCCCCAGGUACGCGGACAAGAUGGCGGCGGCAGCGGUCGACAGCGCGAUGGAAGUGGUGCCGGCGCUGGCUGAGGAGGCCGCGCCGGAGACAGCGGGCCUCUGCUGUCUCGUCAGCUUGCCCGGUGAGGUGCUCGAGUACAUCCUGUGCAGCGGCUCGCUGACGGCCGCCGACAUCGGACGCGUCUCCAGCACCUGCCGGCGGCUGCGCGAGCUGUGCCAGAGUAGCGGGAAGGUGUGGAAGGAGCAGUUCCGGGUGAGGUGGCCUUCCCUUAUGAAACACUACAGCCCCACCGACUACGUCAAUUGGUUGGAGGAGUAUAAAGUUCGACAGAAAGCUGGGUUAGAAGCCCGGAAGAUCGUAGCCUCGUUUUCAAAGAGGUUCUUUUCAGAGCACGUCCCUUGUAAUGGUUUCAGUGACAUUGAGAACCUUGAGGGACCAGAGAUAUUUUUUGAGGAUGAGCUGGUGUGUAUCCUAAAUAUGGAAGGAAGAAAAGCUUUGACCUGGAAAUACUAUGCAAAGAAAAUUCUUUAUUACCUACGACAACAGAAAAUUUUAAAUAAUCUUAAAGCUUUUCUUCAGCAGCCUGAUGACUAUGAAUCUUACCUUGAAGGUGCUGUGUACAUUGACCAGUAUUGCAACCCUCUGUCUGACAUCAGCCUCAAAGACAUCCAGGCCCAGAUUGACAGCAUCGUGGAACUUGUUUGCAAAACUCUGCGGGGCAUAAACAGUCGCCACCCCAGUUUGGCCUUCAAGGCAGGCGAGUCCUCCAUGAUCAUGGAGCUGGAACUCCAGAGCCAGGUGCUGGAUGCCAUCAACUCUGUCCUUUACGACCAGCUGAAGUUCAAGGGCAACCGAAUGGAUUACUAUAAUGCCCUGAACUUGUACAUGCAUCAGGUUUUGAUCCGCAGAACAGGCAUCCCAAUCAGCAUGUCCCUGCUGUAUUUGACAAUUGCCCGGCAGUUGGGAGUCCCCCUGGAACCUGUCAACUUCCCAAGUCACUUCUUACUAAGAUGGUGCCAAGGUGCAGAAGGGGCGACCCUGGACAUCUUUGACUACAUCUACAUUGAUGCCUUUGGGAAAGGCAAGCAGCUGACAGUGAAGGAGUGUGAAUACCUGAUCGGCCAGCAUGUGACUGCAGCCCUGUACGGGGUGGUCAACGUCAAGAAGGUGCUGCAGCGAAUGGUGGGGAACCUGCUGAGCCUGGGAAAGCGGGAAGGCAUCGAUCAGUCGUACCAGCUCCUGAGAGACUCGUUGGAUCUGUAUCUGGCAAUGUACCCGGACCAGGUGCAGCUUCUCCUCCUCCAAGCCAGGCUUUACUUCCACCUUGGAAUCUGGCCAGAAAAGUCUUUCUGUCUUGUCUUGAAGGUGCUUGACAUCCUCCAGCACAUCCAGACCCUUGACCCUGGGCAGCACGGGGCGGUGGGCUAUCUGGUGCAGCACACACUGGAGCACAUUGAGCGCAAAAAGGAGGAGGUGGGCGUGGAGGUCAAGCUCCGCUCUGACGAGAAGCACAGGGACGUCUGCUACUCCAUUGGGCUCAUCAUGAAGCAUAAGAGGUACGGCUACAACUGUGUGAUCUAUGGCUGGGACCCCACCUGCAUGAUGGGACACGAGUGGAUUCGGAACAUGAAUGUCCACAGCCUGCCUCAUGGCCAUCACCAGCCCUUCUAUAAUGUCCUGGUGGAGGACGGCUCUUGCAGAUACGCAGCCCAAGAAAACUUGGAAUAUAACGUGGAGCCUCAAGAAAUCUCGCACCCCGAUGUCGGACGCUACUUCUCAGAGUUUACUGGCACGCACUACAUCCCCAACGCGGAACUGGAAAUCCGGUACCCGGAGGACCUGGAGUUUGUCUAUGAGACCGUGCAGAACAUUUACAGUGCCAAGAAAGAGAACGCGGAGUGAGGUCUCGCAGAGAGCACCGCACCGUUGCUGCUGCUGCUGCUGUCUUCCGCGAGAAUGGGAUUCCAGAAGGAGAUGGCACCACGGAGCCCUGGGGUUUCACAUGGCCAGGAAAGCCACUCCACCGGUAGCGCUGGCUGCCGCCUCCUAAAUUUAAUAACGUGUGCUCUCUUUCAGCUGCAAAGACAAUGCUGCUCUCCGCCUACACUAGUGAAUUAACUUGAAUGGCACUGUGUUCAAAGGCAUGGCUUGUGUGCUUGUCCUGUGGUGACAGCUUGUGGCACUCUGUCUUCAUGCGGUCCCACAAUCGACACUCUUUGAUUCGUUCUUCUUUACCACUUUCCUUUCUGCGUCUGUUACAUGUGUCUUAGAACAUCUCGUUUGAUGGACAGGUGGGGUGAUGGUUUGCAGUGUGUUUUCCUGAGUGCUGUGUGGAGUACAUGCAGUCCCAAGUCAGGAUUGUUUCUCUUUUCACCUUAAACUUGGCUGCAUGUGCAGAGGUAAACUUGCACGUGAUCUUGUCAGCACCUUGGAAACAGAGACAUAAUAAGCUGAAUGGUAACUAGAAUCACUUGACUUUAUUUUUUCUAAGUUUGAAACACCAAUUUUGAUGUUUAUCUUUUUCUGUAUCUGAAUUGAUUGGAUAACAUUUCCUACUAUAUUCCUCUUGGAUUGAUGCCUCUGUCUGUACCAAUAAUUGGCUUUCUGUUCUCUGACAUAACAGUCUUUGAGAAAACAUGUGGUAAUGGUCCUUGUGAAUGGAGUUUCCACACUCAUUCUGUAUUCUCUUUAAAAUGACUACUUUUUUUGUUUGUUUGUUUAAAAAUUCUCCAUAUCACAUGUAGGUCUUAAAUCAGUGAUUGGUUCUGUUUUUAGUGAGAAAAGUACAAAUCUGAUGUUAAAAAUCUUAGAAAUCAUGCUCCAUGGUUUUCAACGAUCUGAAACUGACAUUUUUGCUUUUAUAAACAGAAAAAAAGGAGUGAUAAUGAACUUUAAACAUUAAAAAUGGGGGGAGUUGCCAUGCCCCUCCUCAUUCCUUAGUGUCACUCCAAGACCCUUUGGAAUGUGACAGGU